AUGAUAAAUAAUAUAUUUUCAAUAUUUGACCCCGCAUCCCAAACUUUUUUUUUUAAUAACUGAGUUGCUAUAUUUGUUUUAUUACUUAUUUUCCCUAAAAAUCUCUUCUUUCAAAGAUCCCGUUAUCCCACUACAAUUCUAUUAAUCAAUAAAAGUAUGUUUAAUAAUCUAAUGAAUAAUGUAAAAAAAUCACAAAUUUUAUUUAUAAAUAUUUUAAUCAGUUUAUUCUUAUUAAUUUCUGUUUCUAACCUUAUAAGACUUUUUCCAUUUAUUUUUACCCCAACUAGACACCUAUCUAUUUCUUUAAGAAUAGCCAUGCCAUUAUGAUUAAACUUAUUUUUAAAAAGAUGAAUUUUUAAUCCUUUAAAAAGAUUUUCACACCUUGUCCCUUUAAACACCCCUAUUCUUUUAUGCCCUUUUAUAGUAAUUAUUGAGACUAUUAGAUCUUUAAUUCGCCCUAUUACACUCUCUAUUCGGUUAAGAGCGAACAUAAUCGCAGGUCAUAUUUUAAUCUCACUUUUAAGCACUAUACUAGGUCACAGAAUAUUAUUAUUCUCUACUAUUUUUUUUAUUUUAAUUAUUUUAAUAAUACUUGAAACAGCUGUAGCUGUAAUCCAAAGAUAUGUUUUCAUUACCCUAAUCUCUCUUUACCUAAGAGAAACUAACUAA